GAAUUGAAAAAAAAAAAGUGAAGCCAUCUUUUCUCAACAGAAAAAAUGAAUAGAAUCGGAAAUAAAUGAAUAAAUCGUUUCUCAAAUAAAUAAAUAAAUACUAAAAACAAUUAAAAAGCAUCAUUGUGGGGGAAAAGAAACCUGAAACUCCCUUCAAUGGCGGAAGAAGAGAAGCCAACUACUCCUACACCUGAGCCCACUCUUCCUUCUCCGCCGGAAUCUCCAUCAAACCCCGAUGAUCCGCCGCCGGAAACGCCUACUCCUCCGGCUAAAUUCGAUCCUAGUCGAAUGAUUGGGAUCAUCAAGAGGAAGGCUUUGAUUAAGGACUUAGCUGCAGCUUACCACUCCGAGUGUAUUGCUUAUUGCCGAGAGCUUCUUGAGCUCCAAAAGAGAAAGAACGAGCCGUUUCUGUACACGAAAGCUCCAGAAGAUCUGAGAAAAGUGACGUUGAGGUCUUCUUCCAAACGAGCUAAGAAAAAACGUUAAAAAAAAGAAGAGAAUGUGUAUGAUGCUUAGUUCUACGUGGGUAUGAUGUUUAUUGAACCGGUGCUUAUAUUUUAGAUGGAGUUGUGAAAUGAUUGAAACUUCAUUCGAUUAUCUAAGUUUAUAUACAGAAGUUACACUUCCACGGUUACUUACAUCCAUUCUAAAGACAUCUUCUAACUAAGAAUUAUAGGAAAGGCCCCUAAAUUUUUCCACAUUGGGCCUUAAUUUGGACAUUCUUGUCCAAAUAAUUAGACUGGAAAUUUUAGUUUUAUAAUUUUACUAUUUAAUUAGUUUUCUUUUGA